GAGGUGCCUUCAUUUAUUCAUUCCUGUUCUUCCUCGUUCAAAAAUUCCAGACCAAGAGAGAGAGAGCCUUCGUCCGGUUUCUCCAUCCUCUCCCCCGCUGUUCAGAUCGCCGGCUGUGCGUGCGAGCACUGUGGUUUGGGAAAGGAGUUCUUGGUUCCGCAUUCCAUCUUUGUUCUUCGCAUUUUCUCACGGUGGGUGCUAUCGGACCCUCUUCUUCCUCCUCCACUCGUUCCGUUCGAGAAUCGUGGGCACGCGAGGAGCUGUUAGAAGAUUUGUGGAGGUUGGGCUGAAGCUGUCUUCUUCUCCCCUGUUCUGUUCCUUCCUUUCGGUGUUAUGGAUGAUCUGAGGUGAGAAAGCUGUUGACAACGUAUCCCAUGGAACUGCUGAUACUCCUCCAUUAAAAGAGCUCGCCUCAGUCUCUUGCAUCUCCAUGAAGUAUGUUUUAUUCAUUUUCACGUCAUUCAAGGAACCAAAACUAUCUAACAUUCCACCGUAGUUCAUCGGUAAGAAAACACCAAAUCAUGGCCAUCAAAGAUGUUAAACCGAAUGGGGAAGUUACUUCUGCAGGUAUCUUGGACCAUCCUCCUCAUGGAACCAAGGGGGAUAGUUCUGUUAAAAUGGUUCGGAGAACCACCACAACCACAAUGUCUAUCCCUUUUUCCCCAGAAUCUUCACUUUUAAGACAACAUCAACUUUAUGAUGUUGUUGAAUUGAAUAAGAUCAUCAGUAGCUAUGUAAGAGCAGGUGACAUGGAUUCUGCAAUUCAUGUGUUCCAAAAUAUGAAAGUCAAGACCACAAUCACAUGGAAUUCUAUUUUAGCUGGGUAUGCUAAGAAACCUGGAAAAAUUAAAGAAGCAUGCGAACUGUUUGUAAAAAUUCCUGAACCAGAUACUAUCUCGUAUAACAUAAUGCUAGCCUGUUAUUGGAACAAUUUUGACAUUGAUAAUGCUUGUGCUUUGUUUGACAUCAUGCCAGUGAAGGAUAUUGCUUCAUGGAAUACAAUGAUAUCUGGCUAUGCUCAGAUGGGAAAGAUGGGUGAGGCAAGGGAGUUGUUUUCAGUGAUGCCAGAGAAGAACAGUGUCUCAUGGAGUGCAAUGGUCUCAGGAUAUGUAUUGUGUGGAGAUUUAGAUUCUGCAUUGGAGAUUUUCAAUUCAGCUACUAUAAAGAGUGUAGUUGCAUGGACUGCUAUGAUAACUGGGUACAUGAAGUUUGGGAGGGUUCAAUCAGCAGAAAGAUUGUUUCGAGAAAUGCCUUUGAAGAACUUAGUGACUUGGAAUGCUAUGAUUGCAGGAUGUAUUGAAAAUAACCAAGCAGAGAACGGGUUGAAGCUUUUCAAAAAAUUGUUAGAAAUUGGGUUUAAAGCUAAUGCAUCAAGCUUGAGCAGUGUUUUAUUGGGAUGUAGUACUUUAUCAUCAUUGCAGCUGGGUAAACAAGUUCAUCAAUUAAUUUGCAAAUCUCCAUUGGUUAGUGAUACUACAGUAGGGACUUCACUUAUUAGCAUGUAUUCCAAGUGUGGGGAUUUAAAUGAUGCUUGGAAGUUGUUUGUUCAGAUUUCACCAAAGGAUAUUGUAACCUGGAAUGCAAUGAUUUCUGGUUAUGCGCAACAUGGAGCUGGUGAAAAAGCUCUCCAUUUGUUUGAUGAGAUGAAAAGAGGUGGCAUAAAUCCAGAUUGGAUUACUUUCAUUGCAGUAUUAUUGGCUUGUAACCAUGCAGGUUUGGUAGAUCUUGGGAUCCAUUACUUUGAAUCAAUGGCAAGGGAUUUUGGAGUUGAAGCUAAGCUUGAUCAUUACACUUGCAUGGUUGAUCUUCUAGGCCGAGCUGGAAGGUUAUCCGAGGCUGUGUGCUUGAUAAAGAAUAUGCCUUUUAAACCGCAUUCUUCUAUCUUUGGAACACUUUUGGGUGCUUGUCGGAUCCAUAAAAACUUACAUAUAGCUGAUUUUGCUGCCAAAAAUUUGCUUGCGCUUGAUCCAACUAAUGCAGCGGGCUAUGUUCAAUUGGCUAAUAUUUAUGCUGCACAAAAUAGAUGGGACCAUGUAGCUAGAGUCCGAAGAUCCAUGAAAGAAAAUAACGUAGUUAAGACACCUGGGUAUAGUUGGCUUGAAGUAGACAAUAUGGUACAUGAAUUCAGAUCAAGCGAUAGGUUGCACCCUGAGCUGGCUUCUAUACACAAAAAGCUUAAAGAAUUGGAAAGAAAAAUGAAGUUUGCUGGGUAUGUGCCAGAUCUUGAAUUUGCAUUACAUGAUGUGGGAGAGGAACAAAAAGAACAGCUUCUUUUCUUUCACAGUGAGAAACUCGCAAUUGCCUUUGGACUUGUAAAGGUUCCACUGGGUUUACCAAUUCGGGUAUUUAAAAACUUGAGAGUCUGUGGAGAUUGCCACUCUGCAAUCAAGUACAUCUCGGCUAUUGAAGGAAGAGAAAUCAUUGUUAGGGAUACUACAAGGUUUCACCACUUCAAGGAUGGUUUCUGCUCCUGUGGUGAUUAUUGGUAAGCUUGCAAGAUUGCAGCUCACACAAGUUCUAACUUGAGGAUAUGCUUUUAUUGUCAUAGCCUUUUCAGCAUUCCAACUCACUAAUUUUCUACCUCCUGAUGUUAUAUUUACGUCGAAAGGAGCAUUGACCUUGAGAGAAGGACCAGUGAGAGACUAAUUAUGAUAACUGGGAGUCUGAGACUCUCAGUCAAAAGCUCUAUAUUUCUUUGAACUUGUAUGCGGAAUCACCUGAAUCUGGAAAGAAGUUUGUCAAAUGUUGUCUGAAUUGAAGAGAUGAUAUAAAAGCAAAUCAGGGAGUUGUAAUAUUUGAUCAGCUCCUUAUUCUUCUUGCUUGCACCAUAAUUGGGCUUUCACAGGGUGAAGGCACAAGUUCUCCGAUGAAAACUGAUGUUUGGAGAAGGAAUUUAGGAGGAGAGCUUGUGAAAGUGAUAAUUUGCAGCAUGCUAACCGCGGUGUUUGGAGAAGGAUUUCAAAUUUCUUGAAGGCCUUGAUGAUGACGCUCUUGUGCCAGAGAUCCUUAACCGCAACCUCCAAAUUAUAUGUAGGGAAAAUUUCACUGAAAACUCCUAGACCAGACAUAAUAAAAAAGAAAACUCCUAAAUUUCUGAAACCUCACCGCAAGGCUGGAGUACUGAAUUGAUAUUAAAUUUCAGUGGAAAAUGACAAGAUUGUCCCUCAUUGAAAGAGAGAAGUUUUGCAGAAGAGAGAAAGAAGAAAGAAGACUGGGGCGAUUGCUUGAGUUUCUCUGGUGGCUCUGCUCGUGCAUGUGUUCGUGAGCUGGUUGUUCAUGUACCAGCUUUAGUUCGGAGUGAUUGAAACUGCUGCCACAAUCAAUAUAUUCUGGUGGGUUUUGGUGUUUGGACUCUGGCUACAAUCAAUUGAAAUCUAACUUUUUGUUUAGCUAUAGAAACUGGCUAUCACAAGGGACUCUAAAAGCCUCUCAACUGGUUGUCUGCAAAUUGGGCACCUGUUUGUUUGAAACCUCAAAACCUUAGCACACCCACUACACAUGCACUGCAGCAGGCGAAGGAAUGCAACCUAAGUAGAUCAAGAUGAACUCAAGGACUAACAUAUAUGAUCAUCAACAUGAGAAAGGGAGUAAUUUAAGGCAGAUCCUAAUUAUUCAAGUUGGCUGAAAUAAAUAUUUGACAUGAGUUUAAUGUAAAUUAAUGUGUUGUACAAUCAGUAUCAUAACAUUUAUUCAUAGAUGUUUUUUUUUUUUGCCAAUAUUUAUUCAUAGAUGUUAAAGGAAUGCAAAUGCAAUAUUAACAAUGUCAAUGUUGUCGUAACUCUAAAUAUUUACAAUGUUAUUCCAAGUUGUUCAAUGUUUAUAAUGUUAUUUUUCU